AUGCUCCGCCGCACCCUGGUCCUUGACCUGAGCACCGCUUUCGGUUUCGGUACCACUUUCGGCUACCUCUGGUGGUACGGCUUCCACCUUCCCCGCGUCCGCGCCCGUGACGACUACUACACCCGCCUCGAGGCCGAGCGCGCUGCUGCCCAGCAGUAAAUUCGCAUCGGCAACGCAUAUGCAUACGACUUCGCGCGUUGAUUGGGGAACCCAAUGUUUACCGUUAAAUAUGCCGGAUGGAACCAGGAUGCGUCAGCUACGUGAUUGGGGAGAAGUGGAUGUGGGGGAAUGUGUAGCUGAUAGGAUGUGAUUGAUAUUGUUUUUGAUGUCAGGUAUAUUGCGUGGGUUUUGGGUUGGGUUUCCGGUUGAUGGUGCGGGUUGAAUGUGUUUGUGCUUGUGUGUGUGGAAUUGAAAGAAUAGAAGAAGGGAAGAAAGAAGAAUGUUUCCUCGAGUGCUUUUUUUUGUCUGUUGUAUAUACGCUUGUACUCAUACAUGCGGUCGUUUGGGAUUAUCUGGUUGGCUGUUCUUGUGUUCGUCGUAGGGAG